AGCGAUUGUAGGUCUAGCACCUCAUCUGAUUUUCUACCACACUUAGGAUUUUCAACUCAAUUCGGGCCCAAGUAGACAAGCGUUCAGUAGGACGUCGGCGCGCAGAACGUUGAUCGGCAGAAGCUCCGUCGUAACCUCUUCGUAACGUCGCGAAACUAAACCGGAUUCACAUGGAAAUGCGGGGACGCUCAGCAUAAAUGCGGCUCCCGUGGAGAAACUGACGUGGGAGGUCGGUCAAAAAUCCAGAGCGUUCGCGUUCCUGGCAGGUACGCGAACUAAAAGGAUCGUCACGAAUACGUCAUGGGAGAAAGGAGCUUGGACCAUGAAUGAAAGCGCCGUGUGCUCCCUCUUAAAAGGUUCAGCUCUCUGCUAUACUAUUUCAUCAUACAAUCCCAUUGCUUUUUGUCUUGAGAUAUCCAAUUCACCUUUCCCUCACCUUUGCCAUCAAUUCAGCUCCUUCACACACAUACUACGCAAUGUACUCAAGACAAGCCAUCCAGAACGCGCGCUUCGCAGCUCGCUGCGCAAGCCGCCCUGCUGCCCAUGUCAAGCCUCAGUUCCGCGCACAGAAGCCCCGUUUUCAGUCAACAGAAUCAGCUACAUCUGGCAACUCUGGCGCUGGAUCACACGCCGCCAUUGGCGCUGUUAGUGGUGCCGCCGCCGCUGUCACAGUUGGCUACAUCUUCUACAGACAGUCAGGUGCCCGCGACCUCGUAGCUGCAUCGCAGCAGACCAAGAACUACAUCAACUCGACUACACAGAAGAUCAAGGAGAACACACCCGAGCCUAACGAGGCCCUCGAGUGGCUGCGCAGCGCUGCACAGAGCUACGCUGCCUUCAUCCCCGGCGCCAAGGGAUACGUUGACGCUGCUUUCAACGAUCUCGAUGCCGUCCGCGCCAAGCACGGUGAUGAGGUAGACUCCAUCGUCAAGGAGGCCUACGGCGAGCUCCGCGAUGUUCUCAAGGGCGGCGACAUCAGUGUCUUCACCGCACAGCAGGCAUGGCAGGUACUCGUUAAGCAUCUCGGCCGCAUCGCCGAUCUGUCUGGCGACGCCGCUCAGCAGAUUAUGGACAACCACCCCAAGCUGAAGGAGAAGGUUGGCGGCAACAUCGACACACUGAAGCAGCUGGGUGACCAGUACGGCCCCGAGGCCAAGAAGGAGGUCGAUAAGACAUGGCAGCAGAUCAGCGACAUCAUCAAGACCGGCAUCAGCCCCGCCAACAUUGAGAAGAUCAAGAGCGUUGUUCAGGAGAAGGUCGAGAAGGUCAAGCAGCUCGGCGACAAGGCAUGGGACAAGGGCAUGGAGCAGGCCAAGCCCUACCUCGAGAAGAAUCCCCAGAUCAAGAAGCUGGUCGAGGAGAACAAGGACACUCUCAAGUCCGGCAACGUGCAGGAGUUGUACGAAAAGGUCAAGACCGCCGUUGAGAAGGGCGACACUGGCGACCUCGAGAAGUACGUCAAGGACGCCGCCAGCCAGGCAAAGGACAAGGCACAGCAGUCCGGCUUCGACGUCGACAGCGUCCAGAAGUAUGCUGAGCAGUACAUGAAGAAGAUUCCCGGCGGUGAUCAGAUCAUGCCCAAGCUCCAGCAGCUGCAGGAGGCAGCGUCGAAGCACGGCGACGAGGCGCAGAAAAUCUUCAAGGACGCUGUUGCUGAGGUCACUGAGGUGCUGAAGAAGCACGGUGACAAGGCGCAGAGCCUGGCUAAGGAGGCCAAGGAGGACACUAAGAAAUAAGUGCCUCGCCUCGAGCUUUGAUACAAACUGGUUUGGAAGGAGUAAUGACGAUACGAUAUCACCUGUAGUAUAGUGUAGCGCCAUAGCGCACAAUGAAUGUUCAAAUUUCCCGAA